AUGGCACAAAAAAAUCAAACAGUCAAUACUGAAGUCCUGAUUGUUGGAUUUGAGAACCUCACCGAAUACAGAAUCCCUCUCUUCCUUCUCUUACUGAUCAUAUACACAUUGACCUGCAUCGAGAACAUCCUGAUUAUAUUUUUAGUAUGUAUAAGCGCUUGUCUCCAUUGUCCCAUGUACAUCCUGAUCGGCAACUUGCUCUUCUGCGAAUUUCUCUACACAACGGAUCUGGUCCCCCUGAUACUCCACCACUUGCUUUCAAGAAGACCCGUCAUCUCCCAUCUCGGCUGUUGUAUCCAGUUAAGUGUAUCCGGAGCCGUAACGAUCGUUGAGACUUUGCUGCUCACCCUGAUGUCAUACGACAGAUAUUUGGCCAUUUGUAGACCUCUCAGAUACUCCGCUCUCAUACACAACAGACUCUGCUUCUAUUUGGUGACCAUGAUUUGGCUUGUUUCAGUUAUAAUAAUUACGGGUCAAUUUUACAAUGUCAUAAACCUUCAUUUUUGUGGCCCUCUGACCAUCGAUCAUUUUUACUGUGACUUCACCCCUUAUGUUUCCCUUGCAUGCUCAAACAUAAUGCCUGCUGUUUUACUUGGCUUAACGGUCAGCGUUACUUUAACCAUUAUACCUUUCUUUUUGAUUGCUCUUUCCUACAUCUUCAUUAUAGUCACAAUCCUCAGGAUACAGACGUCAACGGGAAGGCAGAAAGCCUUCUCUACCUGCAGCUCACAUCUCCUAGUGGUGACUAUAUAUUACACUGCACUCUUUUGCUUAUACGGGAUGCCAAGGAGUAGUCAAUAUCUCAAUGUCUACAAAGGAUUGUCCUUCGCAUACUUUUCGGUGACACCGAUGAUCAACCCCAUCAUUUAUACUUUAAGGAAUCAGGAGAUUCACAAAGCUUUGCAAGUGGCAAUAAGUAAAUUAAAAACUGUUUAUUGUUAG